CAUAUGAUUGAUAAAGACUGAAUACGAAUGUGUAAUCAUCACGAAGUUCUUAGAAAAUUAUUCAGAGACAAUAAUAAAUUUUACUGUGUCUGUUAAAACGGUAUGUUUUAAAAAAGUAUCUUGUAAUAUGCGUAAUUGAUCGUCAGUCGUCAAUUACUACAUUCAAAUUUUUAUUUUAUUUCUAUUAAUGUAAUAUGUUUUCUUCAAAAAUGAUCAAAAUUACUAAAUUAUCUAAAUAUUUUCAUAUAAAUUCUAAUAAUUCUCAAUGGUUAUCUUUAGUAACAAACACCAUGCGUUUUUCUACAUCUAAUAUUUUGAAAGGUAUUUUUACAAUUACUAGUUUUUGCAACAUUUUUAAUUUGUUUAUUAAUACUUUGUUUAGAUCGUUAUUACACAGACAAACAUGAAUGGAUUGAUGUGAAAGAUAAAAUUGGUACAGUUGGAAUAUCACAUUAUGCCCAAGUAAUUAUUUUAAAAUUUGUUAAUAAGUAUAUAAAUAUUAUUUUAUGCCUAGAUUUGAAUACUUAGUCACCUCAAAUAAAAUUUACCAAUUGACAAUAAAAGUACUUGUCUAAAAUAAAUUGUUUAAUUAAUGAUUUUUAUUAUUAUAGUUAUUUUAAUUGGUCUUAAAUUAAAAAUUUAUUUGUUUAUGGUCAGUUGAAGAAAGCCUAUACAGUAUCAUUAAAAAUAUGUUACCGUACAUAACGCAGCUAGAUUUUAAAUAAAUGUUUUAAAUUGUAUGUGCAUUUAGUAUAACAAUAGGUACCUAUUGAUGUGCUAAAGUUCAAAUUAAGAAUGGUUAUGGGCUAUUAUGGGUUAUCAUUAAUUUGAUAAUAUUUUCUUUUUAGUUGCAUUGAUUAUUUUCCUUUACUGAUUUUUAAUUCAUAGGCCACUGAUGUUUUAACAUCCUGUGGUUUGAUCAAAGUCUUGUUUAACAACUACUGAAUCAAAUUUUUUGGCAUGCAUUUAAGGAAAUACAAUUUCUAGUCAUUAUUAAGUCUUGGCUUAAUAUAAAAUAUAAUUUAAAUGUUUUCUUAAAUUUAUUAUAUCUCUGUAAUUAAAAUUACUAUAAUUGAUAUAUUAUUAAAUAGAUUUAAAUACAAUAAUAUGAUUUCUAUUUAUAAUAUACAUGUGUAUUAUUUUAUAAAAUAGAACAAAAAAUAGAAUAAGCUGCAUAAUUUAUCUAUAUAACCAGUAGUGUAUCCAGAAUUUUUGUUUUGGUGGGGGGAGGGUUGAAAAAAAUGUAACAAAUGAAAUUUUUUUGAAUUUUGUGUGUAUUAUAAUUGCACAUUGAACAUUUUAUUACUGUUUUAUAGCGCUAAUUAUAUAAAAGUUGAAAUAUUUAUCUUUUUUAAAAAUUAUAAAAAUAUAUUCAUUUUUCUUUUUGUUGUUUUAGCAAGUUCAUCUAUAACAUCAUUGAUAUCCAUGUUGUUAUCGCGAUGACUAUAUUUUAGUAAGGCUAAACCAUUUAAACGUCUUUGUCCCAAAGCAUUUUUCAAGUAUGUUUUCAAACGACAGAGUGUUGUUAAAUGAAUAUUUGAAGAAGUUUAGAUAUCACUGGAUAAACAUCUGGACUAGUUAGGAGUUAUACUUCAAUAGUAUUUUUGUUCUUGAGUUUGGAAGAUGUUAAAUUUGAAUAUUUAAUGUACCACAAAUCUAAUUAUCUGUUUAAUAUAUGAUAAUUUAAAUAUGAAUCAUUACAUUCAUCAAUUAUAUGUUGGUAUAUUUCUACUAAUUGUUUGAAUUUACCUUUAAUUUCUUCAAAUAUUUUCAUUUCUAUCUUAGGUAAAAUACAAUCAAUAUUAUUCAAAACAAUCCUGUGAAUAUAAAUCUUUCAUUUAAUUGGUCUGAAUAAUCAUCUAUAAAAGGUAUGAAUACAUAACAAAUUAUUCUGGAUCAUCUGAUUUAGAUUAACAUGUCAAACUAACAGUAAUAUCAAAUAUUUCACAGACAGUUAUUACAGAUAAAAAUAACUGUUGAAACUCUACAUUACAAUUUUCUUUUAUAUCCUUAAUAUUUUUUUGAACACAGCUUCUAAUACAGUUUUUAAAUUAAGAUUUACAGUUUGAAGAUAUCAGCCAUGUGGAAAACUUAUAGAAAGUAUUUUCACUAAAAUAGAUAAAUUUAUUUAAAAUUUGAACUGUUUUAUCGCAAUAAGAACAUGAAUUGCAAAACUAGAAUUGUCAGAAUCUGAUUAUAUUAUUAAUUUGUAUUAUUUGUGUAAACUGUUAAGUGUAAUAACACUUUAUUUUUUUUUCAAACUAUUAGUAUUUUAUUUUAUUUUUUCGAAGAUAUUUCAGAGGAGGUACAACCCCCUAACCCCCCUGUAUACGUCACUGUAUAUAACUAUUAUUUACUUAUUAUCCGCCAUUUAAACUGUCUCAUUGCAUAUUUUAAUGUUGUCUUUUAUCUAUGUUUUUUGUCAGCUACUGUUGUAUCAAAUAUUUCAAUUUAAUUUUUGUUAGCUAUUUUCAUACUAAUUAACUACCUGUAGUGUAAUAGUGUAUCUACUUAAUUUAACUAACUAUAUAUAUGUUAGAUUCUGACUGAAGCUAGGAAUGUAUUGGUUUUACAAUGAUGUUUAUUUUUUUUUCUGUGAACAACUUUUCUAUCAGCAAUUUUGGAAAUCUGGACACCAUCUUUGAACUGUAUUUAUAGAAAUUUUAUCCAUUCAAAAAUAAAUUCCUAUUAGGAAUUAACCGAGACAGACAUUUCCCUUAAAAAAUCCUUGUUGCACCACUGUGGUUGAUUAUUGUAUUUUCUUGUGUUAUAAAAUAAAAAAGAUGGUUUGCUCUGUGUAUAUAAUAUAUAUGCUUUUCCUUCAUCUUCAUCCCAAAUAAUUGGUGUCGACCACUCUUGUUCUAAACUUCCACUUGACCACCUGGAGAUGGUAGUUUAGGUAUGGUUCAUCCUUUAUCUUAUCUUCUCUUGUCACUCCAAUUAUUCAUCUUAGCAUGUAUUUAUUCUCUUUUCUAUUUUUUGUCUACCACCUAACACUAAGAACGAUACAAAAUAGUUGUAACUAGAUGGGACAGUAUGUCAAAGUCUUGUUUAGAGUUCCUUAUACUGUUAUAAAGAAUUUUACACUGGCUGUCAACCUGUUGUAACCCCUUUUGUUACCUUUUAUAAUGUAUAUAUUAAAUAUAAAUUACAUUUCAUUAUGUUAUUUACUAAUAAAUUUAAUAUAUAUUUUAGGAAGCUUUAGGUGAUGUAGUGUAUGCUGAGCUACCUGCUAUUGGAACUGAAGUGAAAAUAAAAGGUAUGUACAUAAAAUUAAAACUUUUGAUAUGAAUUUUAACACAAUUGAUAAUUUAAAAUUUUAAUUUUUGGCAUUUUCUUUCAGUUAUAUUAUAAUUUAAUUAAAAGGUUUUAUCAAACAAUUUUUAAAUCAAUUGAAGAAAUCAUACAAUGGAUUUUAUUUAAAAUGCUACUGUAUAUUCUGAAUUAUAUUUUUAACUUAUACAUCAUAUUUAUAUUAAUAAUAUUAUGAAAAUAUGUGUUUAUAGACGAAUGUGGUGCAUUAGAAAGUGUGAAAGCUGCAAGUGAAUUGUACAGUCCUGCAUCAGGAAAAAUAGUUGAGAUAAAUUCUAAGAUAGAAACAAGUCCAGCAUUAAUAAAUCAAUCGUGCUAUGAAAAUGGUAUUACCAAUUUGUAAUAAUUGUUUAAGUUGAAGUAUAUUUUUUUAAUAAUUAAUUUUUUAGGAUGGCUCUUCAAAUUAGAGUUAUCUUCUAUAGAAGAAGUACAAAAUUUAAUGAAUGAAGAACAAUACACUGAAUUUAUUAAACAGGAUCAUAAUUAAUGGUAAUGUAAAUAAUUGUUUGUUAGAUCUUAUCUAGAAUAUUUUAAUUUGUUUUUGAUUUUUAUAAAACAUUUAUUGAUUGAUAUUUAAUUUUCAAGCAUUUAUUUAAAUAUAUUUGUAUAUUUUUCAAUUUUGUUUUUAAUAGAUACUUAUUAAUUAAAAUAGACAUAAACAUUCUGUUGAUACAAUUCGUGGUUAUUAUCAAUUAUUUUGAAAUAUAUUCUUAAUUAAUAUUAUUGUGUUAAUUAUUUCCUGUGACUUUCUUGAUUAUUUAAGGUAUUGUGUACAAAAGACACAUUAUACAAAAAUGUUCACUAAUAAGUGAUCUUAACUUUAUUAUACACUUACAUUGUAAUCAGUUUUGACUAUUUUGAUACCU